AUGCCUCCAGUGCUUUCUCCUGCUGAUCAUAUCAAGGCGAAGGAGUUCAGUGCAUUUCUCAGGCAUCUUGGUUUUUCUCAGUGCCUACAGCAGUUUGUGGAGCAGUGGCGAAUGUUAGUAAAGCAGCAGGAUGGGAGUAGAUCGAUGCGAGAAAAGAAAAGCCACAAGCCUGAUCGCUCAUCUGUUUCCUCCACACGAUCGCGUAAGAGUUCUUCUUCAAGUCCUCCCCCACUGCAGGUGUUACAUUCAAGAAAUCGCGUGGUAACAUCUGUUGGCAUGGAAGACGACUUGUGGACCUUAACAGGCGAGGACUACAUUGCACCAGAUUUUACGAAUGGCGCAGGAACACCGCUGGAAGUGUACAAGUCACUACAGAGUCGCGGAGAGGUGCAUUUUGUCCCAACGACACCAUACUUUAAGGCACCACCACCGUCCAAUCUGCCGUUAGAAUCGCUUAACCUUCGAGUGGUGUACGAAAGUGGGAAAACAGGUUUUGAAGAGGAAAAGGAUUUGGCCAUCGUUGCUGAUACUAUAGUAGCAGGUCGUUACCAGAUGUUACAAUAUCUUGAUUCUGCUGCUUUUUCUAGAGCAGUACGUUGUAUGGAUCUUAAUGAAGAUAGGGAAGUAUGCCUUAAAGUAAUUCGCAAUUCAAAGGAUUUUUUUGACCAAAGUAUUGAUGAAAUUAAGUUACUUAAAUUAAUCAAUUCUUCUGGUGAUACAGAGGAGAAUUGCGUUGUAAAGAUGUACGAUUUUUUUUACUAUAAGGAACAUAUGUGUAUCGUAACUGAGCUGCUUCGAGACAAUUUGUAUCAAUUUAGCAAGUUUAAUAGGGAAGAAGAAACAGAAUUCUAUUUUACAUUACCCCGAUUACAAUCUAUAGCCAAACAAAUCCUUAAAGGAUUACGUUUCCUGCAUAGUCUUGGAUUGAUACACUGUGAUCUUAAACCUGAAAAUGUUCUUAUUAAGUCAUUUAGUCGAUGUGAGGUAAAAAUUAUUGAUUUUGGAAGUAGCUGUUAUUUAACGGACAACCUCAGUUCAUACGUUCAGUCUCGAUGUUAUCGUGCUCCUGAAGUAAUUCUUGGUUGCAAAUAUGAUGGACGUAUUGAUAUUUGGUCAUUGGGAGCUAUUCUUGCUGAGUUAGCAACUGGAUGUGUUUUAUUUGAGAAUAGUUCAUUACCACAAAUGUUAGCUUCAAUUUGUAGUGUGUGUGGUGAAAUACCUGUUUCUCUUCUUCAUGAGGGACGAAAUACACAACACUUUGUAACAAAAUUUGGUGCUUUUUACGAACAAAGAGAAGGAAAGGAACUUGUAUUCCAUUUCCCCAUACCAGAUACACCACCAGAGACUCUUUUCGGUUACAAUGAUCCCUUAUACUUGGAUUUUAUUACUGCUUGUCUUACAUUAGAUCACCGUCGUCGUCCCACUGCGGUAGAGUUGCUAGAACAUCCUUUCCUUCAACACGACUAUGGAAGUGCACACAGCACUCCUCCUCCUUUGAAGAAGAAAGUGCAUAGUGAGGAUGGUGCUUCAGCAGCGGCGUCUCCUCCUACUGAAAUGGAUCCCACAUCACCCCUACCCCCAUCUUAG